AUCACACAUGAGCGCCAGUCGCACUAACAGGCAGCGAUUAAACAGUGCGGUGCAUUCCGUAACGAUUAAGAGAGCAAAACUGGUGGAAUUGAUUUGAACAUAUUCUUGGAAUACUUAUUUGUUGAGCGCACGUGUGGCAUUUGCAGCUCUUUCGCUUGCUCUUCCGGUAUUUAAGUGUUGCAAAGUUACUAUGGCAACAGGACGCAGCCGAAUGAAGACUCAAAAGGCCGGCUUGGCUGAAAGAGGAUCCCUGCGCAGUCUGGAAGAAUUGCCUUCUACAAGCUCCGGUCGUGAUGUGGCGCCAGCAUCAAGGGCGCAUGAAAGAUUAUUUCGACAGGUUCCUGGAAAAAGAAUGAUACAGAGUAUUCAAAAACCAAGAAGUAACAUUGAAAGCCUAUUCCCAGAGAUCUUGCUGAAGAUUGUUUCUUAUUUAGAUGCUUCUUCCUUAAUGUCUCUUAGCUGUGUCAACAAAACCUUUAAGGAGUUGGCUAAUAGCAAUGCUGUUUGGUAUAAAAUGUACACAAGCAGUUUGCCUACAAGUAGAAUGUGGAAGAGAAAAGAUGUGGAAAUUGCUGGUGAAACUCGUGGUGCUACAUCAGUGUAUGAAAAACCUGAUGGAUUCUGGAAGUGCGAGUACAUUAGAAAGAUGGUCAUCAAUACCAGGAACAAGCUAAAGAACCAACUGAAGGAUAUCAACCCUUACACUGGUUUGCCUACAAAAACUAAGCAAGUUCUAAGAGAUCUCCAAAUAAAAUGGAAAAUUUCUGUGACUGGUAAAGAGAAUCAGAAAAUGAUUGAACAUUCAAAUGCUUACCUUUUUGAUUCAACUAUCACCAUAUUUUGGAACACUGUCGAAUAUUCAUGUUUUGAUAAUAUUACAAUGAUACACCUGUAUGCUAUAGUACAAAUGCCUCUUGGAAGCUCUACAGCAAACAGGUGCGGAUGGCCAUCAUUGUUGUCAACAUAUGACCUGGCUGAUCAGAAAUCAGCUGUAGUUAUUGGAUCCGAUAAGCUGAUUAAAGUAGUUCUUCUGCCUCCUGGACUACUUAUUGGAGUAUGGAAGGACAGCUCUGCAGUAGCUUUUUUCAUGGCCUCCCUUCAUUUUCACAAACUGAUUGAAAAAUGUACCCUUGGGACUUUAUCUUGUCCCUACACAGAACCAAUGAAACCACCAGUCUAUGAUGAUAUUGAUCCAGAGAAUGGACUCCAUGGGUACAAGCUUCACUUUGAGCUUCAUGAUGCUAGAAAACAGUUUAUGUCUGGCUGCUUCUCACAGUUAUUCUGCAGAAAAAAUAACAUUCAGAAUGGCUUCCUGAGGGUGUCUGUUAUUGACAUUAAAAACCUGUCUCAGCACAUUGCAGUUUCUGGGAAAGUUGGAAUAAAAUGGAACACAGAAGCACUGAAAGGCAUUAUACAAGACUCCUGCUUUAUGGAUUUAACAGUUUUGGAUGAAGCACAGAAUCCAUUUUGGUGUGUCAGCACACCUGUAUCCUUAAAAUCCUCUCAUCAGUCCAUCGCUUACGACUAUGUAGGACAGUAUUAUAUUGUCAGUUUUCAGGAUUCGUGUGGAAAAGUUCAGAUGGAACUAGUGUGGCUUGAGGAACAAGAGCAAUUUUUUAUCAUAACCCUUGUUCUUUAUAUAAGUACAGAAAAAGUGAAUAUGCACUUUGGAACACAGUACUAAGUUAAUAUAUUUUUUAUUUUGCUUUUUUUUAAUAAUGUCAAGGUCCUUCUCUACAUAUGCAGCUGAUAUUUAUGUUGAACAUUGUUUUAACUUGUCUUUGUGGAAAAAAUGAGAAAAUCAUUCAUGAUUUCACUUUAAUAUUAAACUUUCUGUGAAAUGGAUUGUUGAUAAAAACAUUGCUUUUUGUUAAAAGCACUUUUGUUAUGUUUGUAAUAUGAGACUGAACACUUUAACUUAAAAAAGGAUGACUUGCCUAAAACACAUACAUGUUCAGCUAUUCAUUUAGUUGAUUAUGUUUUCUUCUUUUUCAAUUUUCAGUGUAUGUAGUAAACCAGUUAGGUUAAGUUUUUAUUCUACUUUGUUUUGCAGUAUGAAACUUAUACUGGAAAAAUUAAGUUUAUAUGUAAACAUACAAUUUUUAUUGAGAAUGUUUUGCAUUUGAAAGC